UAUUAUAAUGUUUCCAUUUACUCCAUCGAUAAGCAAAGUCAAUGAUGAGGAAGUGAAAAGUGAAAAAUCUGAAUUUAUUCUCGAUAUUAAAAAUAUUACUGCAGCUACUGCAUCGAUUAAUAUUUCUGGCAUUAGUAAUCAAAUUUCGCAAUAUACUACUACUCUAUCAUCAAAAAAAAUCUCCGAUCAAUAA